GGUCUGGGCAGGUGGACUGGAAGGGGCGGAGGUACCCGAGAGCGGCCAGUGGUGGCUGGCCCUGCGCCGCCCACCCCCUCCACGCAGCGCUAAGGACACGCGCGCACUGACAGGGCGCAGCGGCGGGGCCAGCUGUGGUCUGAGCUGGGGCGCCGCUGCCUGUUUGUCUGCGAAGCGCCGGGGCUCCCGCCGCGCUCAGUCAAAAGUCGGCCACCAUGGAGGCGCAGGCACAAGGUUUGCUGGAGGCUGAACCAUUGCACGGAAGAGAUGAAGAUACAGUAGCCAACGCUGAGUUCUCUAGCAUGCUCUCUGAGGAGGAAAAAGAAGAGCUAAGGGCAGAAUUGGUUCAGCUUGAAGAAGAAAUCACAACAUUAAGACAAGUUUUAUCAGCAAAAGAAAGGCAUUUGGUGGAGAUAAAACAAAAACUCGGCAUGAACCUGAUGAAUGAAUUAAAACAGAACUUCAGCAAGAGCUGGCAUGACAUGCAGACUACUACUGCCUACAAGAAGACACAGGAAACCCUGAGUCAUGCAGGGCAGAAGGCGACUGCAGCUUUCAGCAACGUGGGGACAGCCAUCAGCAAGAAGUUUGGAGACAUGAGGUCCCACUCCAUAGGCUACUCCAUUCGCCAUUCCAUAAGUAUGCCUGCUAUGAGGAAUUCUCCUACUUUCAAAUCUUUUGAGGAAAGGGUUGAGACAACUGUCACAAGCCUCAAGACGAAAGUAGGCGGGACGAACCCUGGGGGAGGCAGCUUUGAAGAGGUGCUCAGCUCCACGGCACAGGCCAGCGCCCAGAGCGCGGAGACUGCCAGGCGCCCCGAAGAGGAGCCGCCCUGCUAGGGCCCCGCGACCCCUGCCGCCCCGCGGCCGCCUGCGUACCCCGCUGGAAAGACCAAAUUCCCACUGGGAAAGACCCAGGCUUUGACCUUGUUCUUAUGCCCUUUCCACAGUUUAAUACAAUAAUUUCCAUUUGUAUUUGUGUUAAUCAUGGUGCCACUUGACCAUCACACGUCAAAAUUUUGAUUGUCAUAUUUAAAAUAUCCCCAACUUAAGAACACAGUGGGUCUUAACCGUCUUCGUGUAACUGAACAUGUAUUUCCAAACACGAAGCUAUUGAUUGUUUGCUUUGAUUUCUGCUUGGACUCCUACACAAUAUGCAUGUCUUUGAAGGCUGAGUGAACCCCACUUUCAGUUCAGCCUGAUCUCGGGGACUGGGGCUCUUUCUGCUGUCUCCAGCAAUGGGAUGACUCACUGAAGAUUUCAUCUAACUGCUUGUGAUCGCCUUCACGUGUGUCAAUUAUGUUUGUUUACU